AUGAUAUCUGAAGAUGAUAUCAAAAAGAGACAAUGUUAUCAAGAUCUAGUCCUUCCGAGAGAAGUGAGAAUAAAAUAUUUUCCAAUAAACUCGGAAAAAUUUUCUUAUGAUGUUUUACCACUCUUCGGAAGGAAAGAACAUGAAAAUAGAAUAAUGAAUCAAGUGUCAAUAUUAAAAAAUGAAAAAUAUGCUGAAAAAUGGAAAAAGUUUUUAGAAGGAAUGCCAGCCUCACUCUCGGAAAUAAAACCGACUUCAAGGCAAAAUGUUUCAGAAAAUUAUUAUGAGACAUAUGUAGGUCCCCCAUCACCAGAUGCUAUUUUUCAUAGAUCCAAAUAA